AACGUCAUCUGUCACAUUUGUCAAUGUAGAGGAACGAACGUCAUAGGCAGUGUGAAUAUAUUGUAAAUAUUAUAUCCAUCGAUAGUACAUUAAGUGUUAUUAUCUGUAGGAUGAGAAUGCGGUAUCAUGUGAAAAGUAAUCUGGCGCCCCAGUAGAGUACGAGUUACGUUUAAUUAGGUCGGCCUCGCUUAAGUAUUGUCGCGCGAUCGGAGUGUGCGGAGCGAGGAAUUGGCUCUCGACAAAUAAAUGUAUGUUACCACACUUUGUCAGCCAAUUAAGCGACGAAGAUGAAAAAGCUAUUCUCCAAAAUCGAGACGAAAAUUGAUAACACGUCGAAGGAGGGCAGCAACUAUGUGGGAAAGGUGUUCACAGUGGGCAGGGUGACUGUGACCGUGGAGGAGAUCUUAGCAGAGGGGGGAUUUGCAAUUGUGUACCUUGUGAAAGGUAGCAAUGGGACAAGAUACGCCCUCAAACGUAUGUAUGUCAACAAUGACCAAGACCUCAAUGUGGCCAAAAGGGAAAUACAAAUUGCUAGCAAUUUGAGUGGUCACAAGAAUAUCAUUGGUUAUGUGGAAUCCAGUCUGUCAGCCACAGGGGGUGGUGUAUACGAGGUUCUACUGCUGAUGCCUUAUUGCCACAACAGUGUCUUAGGUUUGAUGAAGACUCGCGGAAAGCCCACGUUCACGGACCAAGAGGUUUUGGCUAUAUUCUGUGACACCUGCGAGGCCGUCUCGAGACUGCAUCACUGUCAAACGCCGAUUAUUCAUCGAGAUCUCAAGGUUGAAAAUAUCCUCGUUGGAGAGAAUGGAAACUACGUGAUUUGCGAUUUUGGCUCAGCGACCGGGCGCGUUCUAAAUCCUACUCUUCAGGGGGCUGCUAAUGUGGAGGAAGAGAUUAAGAGGUACACGACGUUGAGCUAUCGUUCCCCGGAAAUGGUGGACAUGUAUUGCGGAAAGACCAUCACCACCAAAGCGGAUAUUUGGGCUCUUGGAUGUUUGCUUUAUAAACUAUGUUAUUUCACACUUCCAUUCGGAGAGAGCACUUUGGCCAUCCAGAGCGGCAACUUUAGCGUUCCCGAUAACUCCAAAUAUUCCAAAGGGAUGCAUCAGCUGAUCCGAUACAUGUUGGAGGUUGACCCCGAUAAGAGGCCUGACAUCUACCAAGUUUCCUGCGUGGCAUUCCAACUAAUUGGCAAAGAAAAUCCCGUUACGAACUUGCUGAAAUCACCAGCGCCUAUUUUGGAUGAACUUCCUGUGCCACAGUUCGAGUCUGAGCAGAAGAAGGCGCAGCUUAUUAAGGUGACGACGAAGCAGGUUUCGGUGCCAAUCGUCGAAGGGACGAGCGUGAUGCCGAGGCAACGACCGAAGGGCGGUUCCACGCAACCCAUCAACCUGAACACGAUUCCUCUAACCCUGAGCCCGAGUCCGACCACGGUAAAGAAGUCCCAAAGUCCCGUCACCUCCGUAGAAUUUCCUAUUUACACUACAAAACCGACGGUCCCGGCGGCCUUUACUCCACCGAACAUCCAACAGCAACAUGCCAACAACAAUAACAACAACAACAACAACCAAAGCUUUUCGCCCGCAUUCCAAGCAACUACCACUAAUACCCCAAACCUGUUUCCUAGUCAAGACAAUCUGUUCCCUUCGACCGGUUAUCCGGAUCCGUUUCGAGACGGUGCCGAAGAGAAAGGAUCACCCGCGAGUCCCGAGGGCGGCAGCAGACCGCAGUCCCUUCUGGAGCAGUCGCGCGGUCUCGCCGAGUCCUCUAGUCAGUGCGUGGUGAACAGCAACUCCCCGCCGUCGUCAUCUUCGCCGACAGCCGCCGGCAAUCCGAAGGGCCACAGGCGAAACAUGAGUGACACCACGGCGUUCAACAAGGUCUACGCCAGUGAAACGUCCCAAUUCUUGGCGCCCUUCGAGUGCUCCAUGAAACCACGCAGCUCCGAUUCGCCUACGGAGAUGUGCACCGGCCCGAUGGCUCCGCCGGGUUCUUCCGCCUCCAGCACCGACGUAAGUCACGCCAUUGGUGCAGACAGCCGAUCGCUGUCGGCUGACGUCGCCGAUUGGAACCCCUUCGAGGAGACGCCCUUCAGCCAAAUGACCGAGGACCACAUCUUCGGCGCCGAAUUCGACAAAAUACGAAGAGGUAGCCAAAGCAGUAUUCAGGGUGUGAAAUCGCGCGAAAGCCUUGUCAUGUCCGUGUCCGAAGAUCCGUUUGGUUGUGCCCCGUUCAGUCUUCCAGCAAAGUCCAGGAACAAGGCGGGCCUCCAGAGUGCAGCUACUGCGGUGAUUUACGAGCCCGCUUGUGAAUCUUCCCCUGAACACGCGGUUCUGGUCUUCUCGGAGGGCGAAGUUCCGCUUCUGGAAGAGACAGAGUUGGCGACGUCGCCUCCGUUCGUGAGGGCGCCCCUGGAGGAUCGCUCCAAAUACGAAAAGCUGCUGCAGAUCAACUACGAUUCGGAGAACUCUUCGCACGAUGAGCUCCAUGAGAUGAACAGAGCCAAGAAGAAGCGAAGGGUGAGAAAUAAGCUUCCGGAGUUGCCGAUCGUGAAGAUUCUUCGAGGCGGAAAAGACAUCAAUUCGAAUAGACCCGAAUUGGAGUCGGACGAUUCAAUCGGGUCGGCAAGCGAUCUGAGGGAGACGGAGGAAAUCGAGAGGUCCGUUAAGAACGAUAACGAGACGAUCAGCGAUGUUAGGACGUGCGGUUCUUCGGCCUACCACGCCGAAUGCGAGAGCAUGGCCACGCAAGAAGAUGAUGCGACCAGCAGGAUAAUAAGGGCUAAAUUGAGGGAGAAGUCGCAGAUGCAACAGCCACCAGAAGAUAUGCUCUUCGUGGGUCACCAGUAUGGGGAGAAACCGCUGCUGCUCGACGAUGAGCUCGAUUCCGAUUGCGAGGUAAAGUACGAUAAUCAUAAAUGGUCAGUGGAGAAGAAAACCACCGGAGGUCUCUGGAUAGAACCUUCGAGUAGCUACGAAGAAUCAGACGUAUUUGCAUUGGCGCCGUUCAACAAGAAAACGGCGAGGAAACAGAUCAAACUGGAACCGAUCGAAUCGUUGAACCAUAGUCCUAUAGAAAAACCCAAUCUGAAUCCGUUCCUCACCGAAGACGUCGUGCAAGGUGCUUCGACCUUCGGCACAGUCACCGUCAAUUCGACCGCCGUGAACAUUGAUAACCCGGCUAAAACCGAGACGAACAACUUUUUCAUCACCCAGAACUUCAACACGUACUUCACCGAUAUCGAUGUGAAGAAUACCAUUUACGAGAACGUCUCUUUACCACCGCCGCAAUACACUACCGCCGAAUUCAAAUUCUCCCGUUCGCAGCAGACGAACUCCCUGGAUCGCAAUGUCUCCGCGAACGAAACGUUCUGGGCGAUGGAAAACGAGGAGAAGCAAAACCAGAAAGACGAUAAGAAGAAAUCAAAGUACGUGCUCUUCGACGACGCCCUCCCGAACACCAUCGACAAGAAGACCAGGAAGAAAGCUUCGAAAACGAAGGUGUCUCCCACGAUCGUCCAAGGCGGUUUCAGCAACAUGAGUUUCGAGGAUUUCCCAUCCGACGAAGGAGAGUUCCAAGCUAACUCCGUCAUGCCUUUCGAGGUUUUGCGUCCCGUCGAGGAUGCGGAACGCAAGUUUGGCAGUCUGAAGAGGUUGAGCAAUCCGUUCUCCUGAGGUACGUCCGCAUUUCGUUGCAGAAAGAACCGCGAACCGUUCGCGCUCUGCAACGAGUCACAUUCUCACAGUUUCUUCUUCAAAUCGAAUCAUUUCCAUUUCCAAAUCAGAAGAAACUCCAAAUAUUAGCUUUCAAUAUUGUUAUUAGAGGAAGAACGUUAAAAUUUAUCAUUUUA